ACGCCCAAUCUAAAGACGUCACCAUCAACCCCCAAACAGGCGUUGCCGCCCGCCUCUACCUCCCACCAAACCCCGCCGGAAAACUCCCUCUCCUCAUCUACAUCCACGGCGGUGCCUUCUGCAUCUGCUCCCCCUUCAAUACCACCUACCACCGCCACCUCAACACACUCACCGCCGAGACCAACGCCGUCGUCGUUUCCGUCCACUACCGCCUCGCACCGGAACAUCCCCUCCCCACCGCAUACGACGACACAUGGGAAGCCAUACAGUGGACCGCCAAACACGCCGCCGUACACGGAGGCGGCCCUGAGCCCUGGCUCAACGACCACGCGGACUUCUCCCGCGUGUUCUUAGCCGGAGACAGCGCCGGCGCCAACCUUGCUCAUAACAUGGCCAUGCGCGGUGCUGUCGAGGGUUUCGGAGGGUUCACCCUCGACGGCGUCGUUUUGAUCCAUCCGUACUUCGGUAACGACCAGAGAGACGAACUCACAGAAUUUCUUUACCCUUCUUACGGAGGACUAACCGACCCGAAAAUCCAUCCGGAAAAGGAUCCGAACCUAUCGGGUUUGGGAUGCAGGCGCGUGUUGGUUUUGGUUGCGGAGAAAGAUUUCUUGAGAGAGAGAGGGAGGAGUUACUACGAAACGGUUAAGGGAAGCGCGUGGAGUGGGACGGUUGAGAUGGUUGAAACUGAAGGAGAAGGACACGUGUUCCAUUUGAUGAACCCUUCUGCCGAAAAAUCUGUGGACCUUGUUAAACAGAUUGUUUCCUUCAUUAAACAGAGCCAGUGCUAGAGACCCUGCCCUUUAUUUUGUUUGUCCUAGCUUGAUUAUGAGUGAGACCCACAAACUUCAAUGCCUUUUGGGUUGUUUCUUUUCCCUGUUUUUUGUGCUGUUAUUUGGUAUAGCAAUAAUAAUAAAUUGGGUGGUCAAAUACUGAAAUGUGAUCUUCUAUUUUUACCUUAUCGGAUAUGAUACGGUAUACGGAAGUGUGAAAUGAACUGAUACUGAAUACUGGUAGUUACUGCUCUAUUUCCGUUAGUGGAAUCUUGAUAUCCACGUUUAUCGUCCUA